CAAGUAAUAUUACUAAAAUAUAUUUAUUGUUUAGCCUCUACUUUUUGUAAAUUCUUCAGAAGAAAGUUAAUAACUACAGCAAACUUCGUAAACACACACCAUUGGUUAGUGACAAUAUGCAGAUCUAUUUUUCCAUACAUUGUUCCCAUGUUGGUCCAAAUAGUAAAUAUGAUUUAAAUUGCUGCCACAUAUAGUCUUAUUUUUAGUUGUAUUUAGUAGAAAUAAUAUGAGUGACAAAUAUAAACUCACUAAGGCUCUCAUAAAAUCCUAAUAAAUCUAAAAUAACAUGAUUGUAUUAGCUAAAUUAAGUUCGACAAACUUGACGUACAAAAUUAAAAUACAACUGCCCACUGUCAAAUAAAAUCCAUUCAUUCACCGAAAUGUCAGCACCGAUCUGUGUCAGACCCAAAGUGCAAUAAAAUAAUAAUUCAUAAUUAUUAGCAAAUAUACUGGUACAUUACUAUUAAAAUGGUGUCGCGAAGUCUCACCGAAGUCUUUGUGCUAAUGCGCAACAAUGCUAUCCACAGUCGACAGUUGUUUUCAGAACAGAAUGAAUCAGAACGGGUCAGACUUAUGCGGAGCAAUUCCAACGACAUGGAGGCGGGGCUGGAGAUACGGUCUGAGACUGCACCACCACCCUGGACAGAUGCCUUAGAGGAGGCCCAUUAUAUUAUCACUAGGCUAAGAACAAAACUAUCCGAGCUCCAAUCCUGCCACUCGCGCCAGAUCCGACGACCAGCAUUAGAUGACACGGGAGAACAAGAACAUAUCGGCAGACUCACCACGGAGAUCGGUCGACACUUCACACACGCCUACACGCAUCUUACGGCUAUCAAGGCUCAAGUCAGACAUGGUAACAAAACGGAGCAAAAACUAGCAACCAACGUAGUAUUAGCGCUAGUAACCACACUCCAAGAACUCAGCGUAACUUUCCGAACAGCCCAGUCCAACUACCUAAAAUCCUUAACUUCCAGAGAAGAACGGUCAAACGCAUAUUUCGACUUACCCAACUUUGAAGAACUAAGUCUAGAAGACGACAACUUAUUACCAGAUCUCACAAACAACCAAACAGACUUACUGUUUUCACUACCCAGCACAUCAGGUACGCAGAAAAAUAAUUUUAUAGAUGAUUAUGAACAGCAAAAUGAUUUUGAAAAACCUGCGCUUAAUCAGAAGCAGUUAUUGCUUAUGCAGGAAGAAAAUACUAGGAUGGUAGCGGAGAGAGAACAGGAGGUUAAUAAAAUUGUGCGUUCUAUAGUUGAUUUGAAUGAAAUUUUCAAAGAUUUAGGUCAUAUGGUUCAUGAACAAGGUACUAUAUUAGAUAGAAUUGAUUAUAAUAUUGAAGUAACACAAGUUCAAGUGCAGGAGGGUUAUAAGCAGUUGCAAAAGGCGGAGAGGUAUCAGAGGAAGAAUAGGAAAAUGCAUUGUAUAUUAGUUUUAGCGGUAAUGAUUAUCAUUUUGGUGGUAUUAUUGAUUAUUAUUAAGAGUUAGUGCUUGUUUUAAUUUUGUUGGGAAAUUUAUGGUGUGCUUUUUACGUUAUUUAUGCUAAUUACAAGAUUUUAUUUAAAUUACAAUGUUUGUUCGGGAAAAUCUUUCAAGUUAAAUUAGACCCACUUCCCAUUAUUGGAUUGAGCUGAAACUUCCCAUAUACACAGUGGCCAAAAAUUAUGUGCAAUCCCAUUGCCAGGGAGGUUUUGGGCUUACACUGAGCAACUUUUACUAUGGGACCAACCCCGAAAUCUCGAAAAAAAAUUCUGGCUGUUUCAUACAUAGCUGGUCCAUUUACUAUGGGAGGGUAAAAAAAAAAUUCGCGAUUUCGGGGUUGGUCUAAUAGUAAAAGUUGCUCAGUAUAAUCCCAAAACCUCCCUGGCAACGGUAAUGCACAUAUUUUUUGGCCACCUUGUAUAUGUAAGUCGGGUGACAAUGCAAUAUUAUGGUACCAUCAAGCUGAUCUGAUGAUGGACGCAGGAGGCGGCCAUGGGAACUCUGUGAUGAAGCAACGCAACAUAAUUGUGUUUUGGUUUGUUAGAAUUAUCUCAAUGAGUAUUAGUUGCCUGUCCAAAUCGCGGUAAAAGCUUGACUCAAAAUAAAUCUUUGACAAAAAGUUGUGGUUUGUGUUGUGCAAGUUAAUAUUUAAAUUACUUAAAUUCAUCAAAAUAUUCAUCUAAACAUAACUAAUGUAAAAAGUAUGCACACAAAUUUGUUUUUAAAGUUUAGGCACUGAAAAAUCCAAGGUUCAAUAUUGCCUUAUAUUACGUAGUUAACUUUGAAAUACAUAUACACUAACCAUCAAUUUUUUUGUAUGUAAUAUUUCAUUAAUUUCUCUCUUUUGAAUUACAAUAUAGUGUACACAUUUUAAAUUAUGCAAAUACAUUUUAAAACAUAUUUAAAACCGGAGGCCCAUUUCUCGAACGGUAUUAGACUAAUAUUAUUAGUCCACGAACUGUCAAGUCGUAUGGGUUACCAUGGCAACACACUAAUAAUAUUAGACUAAUACCGUCCGAGAAAUAGGCCACAGGUCUAGUGCUAAUUUAUUUUGUUGCCUUUUUUUUUGUAAUUAACACAUGUGUAAGUAACACUUUUUCAUAGACUUUUCGUCGGGUAGUUACACAAAUCUCUGUUUUGACAUUUUGAUUUUGCUGGGACAUCAGUUAUCCGCGACCACGACCAGUGAAACCUGCGUCGAAACGUCGGAAAUAAAGGUAGCAAAAUAAAUUCGCGUUACACCUGGUUUUGAAUAGUGUUUAAAACGCGAAAUUUUAUAAUGUAAUAAGUAAUUAAUCAUAUAUUUAAAUGUAUAUGCUCUAUUUUAACUGUAUUAAUUGACGAGGGAAUUAUUGUAGGUACCCAGACCUUGUUGACCAGACUAAUUUAUGUAAAUAGAUUUAACACUUGAGUUCUUAGCCCAAUCAAAAUCAUUCCUAUUUAAGUAUUAAUUUAUAUUGUAAAAAAAUAUUUAUUUUUAGCCCUGUAGGUAUUUUAUUAAGGUGUCAUCUCGAACCCGACUGCAAAAAAAGUUUUUUAAAAGCAGUCGUGUUGGGAAAGAUACCUUUCAUUUCACUUUUGAUGUCAACUAUUUUAAUUAAAAACUUAUUUCUGCAAAAUUAUUGUGUAAAAAUGAUCGCACGUUAUUCUAGUCUUUAGUUAAGCUAUCAUGUUUUUAAUUGAUAUGAUGACUAAUAAAAUGUAUUGGCCGCCAAAAAUGUACCAUUAAAAUCCGAAGUUUCCUGUAAGUUAGACCAAACCAAAUCUGCAGGGACUUUGCAAUGCCAAAGUGGGAAGUGUCGUUAUAAACGUCGAAUUUCUACAUCUACAACGUUGUUAUGACACUCCACACUUUUUUAAUGUCAAAGUCGGGUUGGUCAGUUUUUAUAACAGAAUUACUCUGUAUCUUUAGGUCUUUAAAUAAAAGUAAAAAAAAACUACCCUCAAAUGGCUCCUUAAGCCAGUUGAGGGUAGAUGAAAACAUUACAUGAUCAAAUAAUCUAGGUUAAAGUUCUGACUUUAACCUACAUUAUUUGAUACAAAACCGCCUGGAUCACCAGGCGGUUUUGUAUUUGGUUGGUUAACCACUAAAUGUUAUAACUACCCGAAAAUGUACAAAUUGUUUGUUUACUUUUAUUUAAAUAUCUAAACAUACAGAGAAAGUAAGGGUAAUGUUUGGCGGCAAGACCCAAAAAAUGCAUUUAAAUUUUGUAAAUAAUACAUUAUUUAACUAUUUUUAUAUAUAUAUCGCCUAAAUAUUUGUAUAGUUUUAAGUCGUAUGUGUUAUUGUCGUAUUCAUUUUCAUCAAUAUGUUGUGAAAAAUAUCAAAAUUCUGAGUAUGGUGAAAAUAGAGAAAUGGUUUUAGUUUCGCCAUAUUUUUAACCAGUGAUACUUAAUUGUUAAAAUAAAUGGUGUAAAUUCUUUCUGUAUUAUCAUAUUCUAUGCUAAAGUAAGAAAUCUAAGCACGAAUAAUUUCGCACAUUGACCCGACAGCGACAUAAGUAUAGGUAAAGAGAAUUUGAAAUAGAGGUGGAUUAUCAAAGAAGACUUUGUAGCCACAGUAAAUUUACUGCUAUCUUUCGACACAUGAUUAAAACUUUUACAAAGCCAUUUGACUUUCAUCCUUAUUCUUUCACUGAUAUGGGUUAAAUUUGUUAUAUAUCAAAGAGUUGCGCCAUCUAAUAGAUCAAAGGCAUGGCAGCAUCGUUUCGAGCGAUGGCGCCAUAACCUUUGGGUUGUGCCCGGUAAGAUGGCGCCUCUUUUUGAUAUUUAACAAAUUUAACACAUAUUAGUGAAAGAAUAAGGAUUAAAGUCAAAUGGCGUUCGAAAAGUUUUAAUCAUGUGUCGAAAGAUGGCAGUAAGUUGACGUGGCUACAAAGUUUUCUUUGACAAUCCACCUCUAUUUCAAAUUCUCUUUGGUAUAGGUAUUGCUUUCUCGCCCAAAAUGCAGGCGGUCAAUGCCACUAUGCGAGCGGGCAGCAAUAUAAUUAGAGAUGAGAAAUGGCGGUUCAAUGUAAGAAAUUAUUCGUGCUUAGCACUCUUACUUUAGUGAAAUCUUCAAGCAACACCGGGAAGGGAGUCUUCAUUCGCACUACUUCUCCUCUGCCGAAGCACAUGCCCAAAUGGGCAUAGCGCGGUGUGUUGUGACUCGUCCGUACACAAAAACAAGUGUGCAAGUGUGCAAGAGAAACUUAACCUAACCUAUCUAUAGAAUAACCUAAGGAAAUUCCUGAAAAUGUAAUGGUUUCAGAGUUAUGACUAAUGACAAUAUGACUAUCAUUUUUUUUUUCAGCUCAUGUUAUUUAUUGACAAUAACAAUAUACAUAAUGGAUAUAUACAGAUGAUUACUAUAACUAGCUUAUAUCUAAAAUAGGCCCUUGAGGCAUUGUACCAAGGAUGCUCGCGGCAUUUCCUCGUUGUAUCGCAAUACUGAUACGUUGUGCGAGGAAGCCGCCAGCUCUUCGGUCACCAGUUACGUCAACCAGACGUUUCGCGAUUUCUCCAAAAAACUUGUGCGCGCUGGGACCCCAUGGACCUAGAGUUUCAACGCCAAAAGGUACAAAAUGGUACUCUCUACCGAGGCUCUUAUUAUUAUCAUUACAUUAUGACUUUCAAUAAUUAUGCCAAACAAAGGGAUUCGGUCUAUGUAUUGUCAUUUUCUUUGUGUACAUCGUAUCAUACACGAAGACGAGUGCCUUGUGUCGUGCUAUUAUGGAGGACUUUCUGAGACAGGCAUUUCUUACCUACUAGGAAGACCCAACCUUGUUGUCAUAUGUGUACUCAAAAUUUAUGAAAUAAAUCAUUUUCAUUGUCUCAUGUCAUAAAAGGUUAUAUUUUACAAAUCUGCGCGUCAUCGUGGAUGACUUGAACAUUUGUGUCGUCAUUACAGAUUGGAUUUUGUAUGUAGUGAGUGAGAAGUGCGACUGUGUGCACGUUUCCCUCCGCAAGAAAUCGUAGAACGAUUUGCACGGUAAGAUAUCGCUUGGGCUCCCUUCCGACAUGUCGAAAGCCGGUGUUGCUCGAAGGUGGAAAUUAUUCUGGGACGUGGGAAAUGUAUAAGUGUGCCAAUGAGUGUGAAGAUAUUCUAAAAUGUUUCAUUUGUCUUUAUUUAUUGUCAAAUUGUCACAAAUUACCAAAACAUUGAAUAGAGAUACCUACCGUAAAGUUAAACCUUGUCAUUAGUAACAAAAUUAAGGAUUUUUUUCCAUUGUGUGGAAAGUUAUAAGUUGGCCUAUAAAACACAAGGGGCACACAUAUUACCAAUUCGCCGGACGAUAGCGGCCUGUCAGUUAUUCAAGUUAGGAAGCGCUGGUGGCCUAGCGGUAAGAGCGUGCGACUUGCAAUCUGGAGGUCGCAGGUUCAAACCCCGGCUCGUACCAAUGAGUUUUUCGGAACUUAUGUACGAAAUAUCAUUUGAUAUUUACCAGUCGCUUUUCGGUGAAGGAAAACAUCGUGAGGAAACCGGACUAAUCCCAUCAAGGCCUAGUUCACCCUCUGGGUUGGGAGGUGAGAUGGCAAUCGCUUUCGUAAAAACUAGUGUCUACGCCAAAUCUUGGGAUUAGUUUUCAAGCGGACCCCAGGUUCUCUUGAGCCGUGGCAAAAUGCCGGGACAACGCGAGGAAGAAGGAGUUAUUCGCGAUUGUCACUGACAGGACGAUAUCAUCCGGCUUACUCGUAAUUAGUGAGCCUCUUCAGCUUUAGCGAGUAACUGACAGGCCGAUAUCAUCCGACGAACUGGUGAUCAGUGGGCCGAAUGUUUAGGCAAAUCUUGAUAACAACACUGGCGCUUAGGAGUCUAAGGCGCACUUGUACCAUUCCACUGAUUCCACUAACCCGAGGUUAACCGGUUAAACCUGGACUUACAUUGUUACCAGUACAAUUUGACACUGGGUUAACGGUUUAACCGGUUAUCCCCGGGUUAGUGGGAUGGUGCAAGUGGCGCUUAGAAGUCUUAAGUACCUAUCACAUAUUUUACUGUCAAUUUGAAGCAAUUUGUCUUGAACUUUGCACAUCUUAUAAAAAGACUUUCUGUAAUUGUUUGAGUAUUUUGUCUGUGUUCGAAUAUGGAACAUCUUAUGAGGAAAUACCAACUGAGCCCAUUCGCUGACUUGAGAAUUUUAGGUAAAUAUCUCCGUCCCGCUGACGGGGGCGUGUCCUAAAAUUAGUGCGAUAA